GCAGGCGGAGAGGAGCUAUCGCAUUGCCAGGCUUUCUGUUCCCCGCCUGUGUGACUUUCCCUGUGCGACUGCCUAUAAGCAUGCAGCUGCCUCUAUAAGUCGCACUGUGCCAUGAGGGUGCUGAGCCGCUGCCCUCCCUGCAGCCUUCUCCGAGGGACACUCUCUCUCCUGGCAAUUAUCUGCACCCAGGGAUGGAGCCAGCAGGGCCACACUGAGGAGGAUGUAUUCCUUCUGCCUAUGAACUCUUCCAGCCGCUCCCUGGCGAACUUGGAAGCGGACUUAGGCAAUGGGAAGGAGAGCGGCACUGAGAAGAACCUGGGGGCUAAGGGGGAAAGCCAAAGAGAAGGGAGCAGGAGUCUCCCAUCCUCUCCCCCUCCUUCUCCAGGGAACACCUGGGAGCGCAGCAGAGACAGCCUAGCUCUGUCACCAUCCCAGCCUCAGCAGCAGCAGCAGCCCGGGCCGGCUCAGUGCAACAUCACCGUGCAGAGACUGCUGCUCACCUCGCUGCUAGUGCGCUGGGGACGCCAACUGGGAUUCCAGUGCGACUUGUUGCUCUUCUCCACCAACAACCACGGGAGGGCUUUCUUUGCAGCCGCCUACAACCGUGUGGUGUCCCCCCUGGUCAUUGAGCACUUGGGUGUGUCCGGGGCGCAGCAGGAGUUUCGCCUUUGCUUGGGCUGCGGAUGGGCGAGGGGCAGAAGGAGCGGCCACCUGAGGCACUCACAGGCCUCCGGCGCCUUCUCUUUCAUCUCCGCGGCCACUGACCCGCACAGCCCCCUGCAAGGGGAGUCGCUGAAUUUCUGCUGCCUGGAUUUCACUUUAGAGGAACUCAGAGGGGAGCAGGGAUGGAGAAUGAACCGCAAGCCCAUCGAAUCCACUUUGGUAGCUUGUUUCAUGACUCUCGUCAUCAUUGUGUGGAGCGUUGCUGCCCUCAUCUGGCCUGUCCCUAUCAUUGCAGGCUUCUUACCCAACGGUAUGGAACAGAGAAGGACAAGUAGCAAGUAGCCUUCCCUUCCCAAACCUUUUGUUGUUCUGCGUGGAGAAAGAAAUACCCAUUAUUCACUUAUUUUUUCUGGACAAUGCAGAAGCCUGUGCAAUACACUAAUUUAUACUUGUCUACUUUUAGCCACCAAAAAUUGAAUAUUUAAAUACAGUAUAUCAUACAUUUAGUAUGAUGUAGAGAGUAAUAUUGUGAGAUCAUU